GGGGUGACGUGGGAGGUCACGUGGCGGCGCAUGGCCGCCGGGGGGGGCACGAGCGCCUCGCGGCGGCGGGGGGAGGACCCCUCCGUGAGGCUGUCGAAGGCGCUGAGCUACGUCCUGCGCCAUGGGGCCGCGGCCGUGGGGCUGCCCAUGGGGCCGGACGGCUUCGUCGAGGUGGGGGCGCUGCUGCGGCUGCGGCGCUUCGCGGGGGUCUCGGAGGGCGACCUGCGGCGGCUGGUGGCCGCCGACCCCAAGGGCCGCUUCGCGCUGCGCCCCGACCCCCUGCGCAUCCGCGCCAACCAGGGGCACUCCCUGCAGGUACCGGCGCUGGAGCUGACGCCCCUGCGGACCCCCGCGGAGCUGCCCCCCACCCUGGCCCACGGCACCCGCCGCCGCCUCUGGGGGCCCAUCUGUGCCGGGGGGCUGGCACCCAUGGGGCGCACCCACAUCCACCUGGCGCCUGGCCUCCCGGGGGACCCCGGCGUGCGCAGUGGGAUGAGACCCGAUUCGGAGAUUGCCAUCAUCAUCGACGGCCCCCGGGCCUUGGCAGAGGGGGUCCCCUUUUUCCGCUCAGCCAACGGGGUGAUCCUGACGCCGGGGGACGCCGCGGGGCGCCUCCCCCCAAAAUAUUUCCUCCGCGUCCUUCAGCUGCGCCCGCACCGGUGCCUGCUGCCGCUGGGGGGGCCCUCGCACGAGGAGGGGGGUGAGGAGCCCUCGCACGAGGAGGGGGGUGAGACGCUCUCGCACGAGGAGGGGGGUGAGGAGCCCCCGCACGAGGAGGGGGGUGAGGAGCCCUCGCACGAGGAGGGGGGUGAGGAGCCCUCGCACGAGGAGGGGGGUGAGGAGCCCUCGCACGAGGAGGGGGGUGAGGAGCCCUCGCACGAGGGCCCUCGUGCCCGACAGACGCCAAUAAACACUUCCCUGCCGUGA